AUGGCCCCCCUCGUGCUGAAACACCUGGCUUCUGCCCUGGCUCGCCAAAUGAGUGUUUUCAGGGGCUCCUCGCUAGCUGCUCUCAGAUGCUUCAGCAGACCCCCGACUCUCCCCCCUCUGCUGCUGCCAGCAUCCAGCUCCUGCGGCCCCCUGGCUCAGGUUGCCACCUCUCUGCUGGGGCGGUGUCAGCAUCAUCCUUGCAUCCAGCCGACAGCAGGGAUGAAAACCAAGUCCGCCCUGAAGCGACGCUGCAAAGACUGUUUCUUCGUUCGGAGGAGGGGGCACCUGUUUGUGUUCUGCAAGACCAACCCCAGACACAAGCAGAGGCAGGGAUGA